CCACGAUGACACAGGGUCUCCUGUGACUGUCGUGUGAAGCAUGAAGAAAAGUAGACUGACCUCAAUAUAAUUUCCAGCAACAGUGAAGGCUAAUGAAGUGGGUUUUUUUAAAGCAGAAAAUGACGUUAGCCAUUCUUUUUCAAGACGACCCAUGCUAAGGCCAAGUCAGAUUCUGCCGAUCAGGCCUCUCAGGCUUCCAACCAAGAGUCCAGCCUCGCCAGGUUGGUGGCCAGGGAACUGUCCCCUUCCUUCUAUCAGCCAGGCCCAGAGUACAUGAAGAAGAGAGCGCUACAGGAGAUCUCAGAUGGCAAUGAGAACACAGGCCCUAUACUGCAUGAACCACUGUUAGCAGGGCAGCCACCGACACCCGCUGAAAGCCCAAUGCUGCACGACAGGCCUGACUCCUCUCCAGCCCGCACGCCCUCCCCCAGCCCUGCUGUGACCCCUCCAGCGUCCAGGCACUCCAAGCAGGGCAACGUCAGCAAAGAGGACCCCCAUCUCCUCGGCCCCGCUGGCUGGAACGGGGACAAAGGCAAUGGAAGUCGGGGGAGCAGCCGCCCCAAUAGCAGAACCAACAGCCGACCCACCACUCCCGCCCCUGCCGCUGCUCCCCCUGAAGAGCGCCUCGCUACAGCCCCCAUCCCUAGCAGCCGCGCCUCCAGCCGCUUGAGCAACAAGGUAGAGCAGGGCUCGGACCUGGAGAUCAAACCCCUGGAGAAGACGGCAUCUGAGACUAAAGUGUCCGAAGCUGCUCCCUCGAUAAGUACCAGUGUCGCCUACUCAGAAGAAGAAAAAGAAGCCCCACCCCUUCCUCCCACCUCCAAAGUGUCUUCCAAAGCUGCCGUCACCCCCGAGCCUAAAUCGUUAGAGCCCAAACAAAGAACAGAGUCGGUCAAUGAACGACCCGUGUCCACCAUAUCUGAGAGCGAACCAGAGUCCAGUGCCCAGUCUGUCAAUAAAGUGUCACCCAAGCCUUCGCCAUCACUCAGGCAAUUGACGAAACAGGAGGCCAGUCCAGCUUCAAAACCUGCCACACCUGCACCUACACCAGUGCCUAAAGCUGCCAAGCCAGCCCCGAAGGUUGAACCCAAAGCAGAGGCCAAGCUGAUGAAGAACAUGGUGAAGAGCCCAAGUGAAGUUACAGAAGUAGUAGAAUUUGAGCAGAGUCCGAACACCAUCAUGAUAACCAUGGUGAUUCUUCUCAACAUUGGCCUGGCCAUUCUCUUCGUACACAUCUUGUCAUGAAACACUGUCGACCCAGGUCACCACCUUGCAGUGGUGUUGAGGUCAUUUUUAAGCAAGGACCAUACAGAACAAGAAAACUGCCAAGAAGCACAAACCUUAUAUGAAGGAAGCAUAUGACAGCUCCUCCACACACAGCCUCUUGUUGAUGUGACUGCGUUGAGGUUCUUUAAGGCUAAUCUGCUUUCCAGAGGCUUGGAAUCAGAGGAGGCUGGUGGGGGGAGCUAUAGGACGACGGGCUCAUUCAUGUCUGUAAUGGAGUUAAUGGAACGGUGUCAAACACAUCAACCAUAUGGAAACCACAUGUUUGAUUCUGUUCCAUUUAUUCCAUUCAAGCCAUUACAAUGAGCCUAUCCUCCUAUAACUCCCCCCGCCAGCCUCCUCUGCUUGGACUAUCUGGAGACGGAUUUAAGAACACCAUAUGAAUCCGGAUUGAAGGACAUCAAUGCAUAUGAAUCCAUAUGGCUCAGGAUUGAAGGACAUCAAUGAAUCAGGAAGAGGGUCUGGAAGAGAAGAGGGUCUGAAUGGACACUGUGUUUGUAAAGAAGAGUUGUUGAGUGAGUUUCGGUGAGUUUCGGUGUCUACCCUGGAGAUGUUGUUGAAUGUUAUUCACUGGUGAAGUUUUUGGUAAAUUAUAUUUCACUGUAUCUGAGUCAACUAAAGCACUGUGUGUUAUGUUUUCACAAAGGGCUAAACCCUUCAUAUUGGCAAACACUGUCUCCUCAGAUCACCGGCAGAUUAGAGUGGUUGUGGUGUGGACAGGCUAGAGUGUCAGGAAAGGAUUAGUUAGCUUUGUAAUUAGAUAUUUAUUUAGCUGAUAUCUUGUCUAUAGGAAUGUAAUCUCUGGGAAAAUCUCAAAUGAACUGAAUAUUCUCUAAUUUCUGCCUAUUUUUGCCAAUUAUAAUUAGUGGUUUGGGGCUAAUAUCAGUGUUCCUAUUUAUUGACAGAAAUCUAUAUUAUGCUCCUAUUAAUUGAUCUGCCUUCUUCCUUUUUUGCCCUAUUCUCAACUUUCUUCAGUAGUCAUCAAUAAAGACAUGUUACAGUCUCUUUGACGUCACAGGGCUCUAAGACAUGAAAUGCUGGUUCUUUAUUCGGCAACGCCUAAGAAUCCGUGAUGUUCUUGUCUGCAAUGGCAAUGCAACCCACCACAGCAAUGCAAUGUAAUGGACAGUUGUGUUUGCACAUAACAUAUUCUCUCUCCAAGGCAAUUUUGAGUGAGUCACACUGGAAUGGUACUUAUAUCUGUAUUAUUUAGUAAGAGGCUUUCAAAUGGCACAGAAUCGAGGAGGAAUUCUAGGUCUUUAACCAGUGUAUGUGGUAUUGGAUUUCUGGAGUAAUGUGUAUCUAUGUUGUUUUCUGGUUGUCUGAUCAAAAGAAACGUAAAGCAGCCUAUUGAAUGGUUUGAUUUGAAUAAAAACAUGACAUGAAAAUAAUGAUACAUUUGGGUGGGGGGUCAAUUUUGUCAAAAACCAUUAGGGAACAUUUAGUGUAGAUUUCAAGAGGGUAUUUAUUUGAACCAAUGGGCUUGCGUUGUUAGGGCGUAAUUGUGAGCAGUUGUUUGGGAAUUCAGUUGGUCUGUCUGCUUCAGAAUAGCUCACACCAUUUAAGAUGCAUUGCACUCAGAACAAACAGUUUGCGCUUCAUAAUCAAUCAAGAUGAUUUUUCUCCCAACGUUUGUAUGCACGUGGGCACUGUUGUGGGUGUGUUCUGGUACCUUUUUGAAGUAUACAUCUCCAAUGUGGUGUAUUGAAAAGAAACACUCCAGGUCUUACUUUACUGGAGAGCACUACAGUAUGAGAUUCUGCACUGUAUAAAUCCGUAUUUAUAACUUUAUUUCCCCUAUGUCCCCGAACAGUUGUCUUCCCCUCAAAGACGAUUGAUAAGUAAGUGGGAAAAGAUAUUCAAGAUAAGGUACUCUUGUACAUUAUGUAAAAGAGGCCUCAGAUCUACUUCCUUGCUACUCCCUAUGGACAAUGCACUUGUAUUGUUUCCCUCGUGCUCAUAGCGACAUUAGACUCUUCAACAGUCUCCUUACUCUCGACAUUGUUUCAUAAAACAUCGAAACGUUCUGUAACAUACUUUCAUUGCAAUAAAACACUCACGAGACCCUCAAUCAGAAGUGACUGGUUAUAUCCAGGAGCUGAUUAUUUAAGACAUAAUCCUGGAUGGAUCCCAUUGUAUUCAUAAAUAUUGCUGGUCCUCUUCUAAAAUUGUGAAAUGAAAAUAAAAGAUAUCUUCCAA